CUCAGGAACCGGCAUAGGCAUGCCAGUGCUGUCAGAGGACUCUGGUUUGCAUGAAACCCUGGCGCUGCUGACCUCGCAGCUCAGGCCUGACUCCAACCACAGGGAAGAGAUGGGCUUCCUGAGGGAUGUUUUCAGUGAGAAAAGCCUGGGCUACCUGAUGAAGAUUCAUGAGAAGCUGCGUUAUUAUGAGAGGCAAAGUCCAACCCCAGUUCUGCACAGCGCUGUGGCCCUCGCAGAGGAUGUGAUGGAGGAGCUGCAGGCCGCCUCCGUGCACAGCGAGGAGAGGGAGCUGCUGCAGCUGCUGUCCACCCCCCACCUCAGGGCUGUACUGGUGGUACAUGAUACAGUGGCCCAGAAGAAUUUUGACCCUGUUCUGCCUCCCCUGCCUGAUAAUCUUGAUGAAGAUUUUGAUGAGGAAUCAGUGAAGAUUGUUCGCCUGGUAAAGAAUAAGGAGCCAUUGGGUGCCACCAUCCGUCGGGAUGAGCAUUCAGGGGCUGUCGUCGUGGCUAGGAUCAUGCGUGGGGGUGCAGCAGACCGGAGUGGACUGGUGCACGUUGGUGAUGAGCUCCGAGAAGUGAAUGGAAUCGCAGUGCUGCACAAGCGGCCAGACGAGAUCAGUCAGAUUCUGGCCCAAUCCCAGGGCUCUAUCACCCUCAAGAUCAUCCCAGCCACCCAGGAGGAGGACCGCUUCAAGGAGAGCAAGGUGUUCAUGCGCGCUCUCUUCUACUAUGACCCCCGGGAGGACCGAGCCAUCCCCUGCCAGGAGGCGGGCCUUCCUUUCCAGCGGAGGCAGGUCCUGGAAGUGGUGAGCCAGGAUGACCCCACAUGGUGGCAGGCCAAGAGAGUAGGGGAUACCAAUCUUCGAGCUGGCCUCAUCCCUUCCAAGCAGUUCCAGGAGAGGUGGGUCUGGAAUGAUCAGCCUUGUGAGAAAGAGACCUGCGACUGCGAGGGAUACUUCAAAGGGCACUAUGUGGCUGGUCUUCGGAGAAGCUUCCGCCUGGGUUGCAGAGAGAGGCCAGGUAGCUCACAGGAAGGGAAGAUGUCAUCAGGAGCUGAGUCUCCAGAGCUGCUGACCUAUGAGGAGGUGGCCAGGUACCAGCACCAGCCCGGCCAGCCGCCCCGCCUGGUUGUUUUGAUUGGAUCUCUGGGAGCCCGACUGCAUGAGUUGAAGCAGAAGAUGGUAGCUGAGAACCCACAGCACUUUGGCGUUGCUGUUCCACAUACCACAAGGCCCCGGAAAAGCCAUGAGAAGGAAGGGGUGGAAUACCACUUUGUCUCUAAGCAAGCAUUUGAGGCCGACUUACAUCACAACAAGUUCCUGGAACAUGGUGAAUAUAAGGAAAAUCUCUAUGGAACCAGCCUGGACGCCAUUCAGGCAGUUAUGGCCAAAAACAAAGUUUGCUUGGUGGAUGUGGAACCAGAAGCACUGAAACAACUGAGAACCUCAGAGUUCAAACCCUAUAUUAUAUUUGUAAAGCCUGCGAUUCAGGAGAAAAGGAAGACACCACCUACGUCCUCAGCGUGUGAUGACGCAGCAGCCACGCUUGAUGAAGAGCAGCAGGAGAUGGCCGCCUCUGCUGCCUUCAUCGAGCAGCACUAUGGGCAUCUGGUGGACACCGUGCUGGUGAAAGAGGAUCUGCAGGGGGCCUGCGCCCAGCUCAGAGUGAUCUUAGAGAAAAUGAGCAAGGACUCUCACUGGGUCCCCAUUAGUUGGGUCAGGUAACUCAU